AUGGCGCGCGAUCGACUGGCAGCCAUGCGUGCGCAGCAGGCGUCUGCGGCUGGUGGGUACACGAGCCCGGGUGCUGGUGCUGGCGCUACCAACUAUGAGCAGGAGUAUGGCCUGGGUAGUGGCAACAAUGGCUACGGUGACCACCUAUUCCCUACCCAGCAGGCGACGGGGCAGCCAUACGUGCCGCCGUCGUCGGAGCCGGCGGCGGCGUAUGCGGCGCAGCCUCAGGGUGUGACGGCUGCCGCGCAGCAGCCGGCGACGUACGUGCCGCCCACGUCGAACCCGUCGACGGCCUAUGCGCCCGCGACGCACGCGGCGCAGCACCCGGACUCGUAUGAAAUGACGUCCAUGCAGGGCGUGACGGGCCGCUCGUACGUGGCAGACCAGGCUGCCACGGUAGGCCUACCCGAUGGCGGUGCAGCCCCUGCCGCUGCCAGCACAAGAGCAGGGGCGGGCGCCCAGAGCGACUCGUACGCUGUCAACAUGUCGUCGGACCCUACGAUGGCGGCCUCGACGGCGACGACGACGGGCAGCAGCAGCUCGUUCUUUGGUCGUAUUAGCGAAAUUCAGGACAUGAUCCGCCAGAUUGAUCUGAAUGUGAACCGCAUUUCGGACCUGCACUCGCGCUCGCUGAACAAUGUGGGCGAGGCGGCGCAGCUGGCAGCGGAGAGUGAGUUGUCGAGUGUGGCUCAGCAGACCAGCAUGUAUACAAACUUUGUCAAGACGUCGAUCAAGUCGCUGGAGGCCGAGGCCGUCAAGAUCCCGGCGUCCGGCCCGGCGCCUGAGGGCGUCGGCCGCAACGUGCGUCUGACGCAGAUCGGUGCGGCAAAGAACCGCUUUAAGGAGACGAUUAUGCGGUAUCAGGAGGUCGAGAAGGCGUAUCGCACCAAGUACCGCCAGCGCACGGAGCGCCAGCUGCGCAUUGUGAAGCCGGAUGCGACGCAGGCCGAGCUGCAGAGUGCGCUGGAGGGAGAGGCGAGUGGCCAGCAGAUUUUCUCGCAGGCGCUGAUGAACUCGAACCGCCAGGGCGAGGCUCGUGGUGCGCUGCGUGAGGUGCAGGAGCGCCACACGGACAUCCAGCGUAUUGAGCGCACUAUCACGGAGUUGGCUGCGCUGUUCCAGGAGAUGUCGAUCCUCGUCGAGCAGCAAGAUGAGCAGCUGAACGUUAUCAAGGACCAUGCGCAGCACACGGAGCACGAGGUGCAAGCAGGUCGUCAGCAGACGGACAAGGCUGUGGUCGCCGCGCGCCGUGCCCGCAAGCGCAGGUGGAUCUGCUUCUGGCUCGUGGUUAUUAUCAUUGCCAUCAUAAUUGCCGCCGUCGUGGGCGGUGUCUGUGGUCAUGGCGACACUUGCAGCUCCAACAAGAAUUAA